AUGAUUCUAAAAGCCGACGAUGGCGCGGUGGAAGAGCGCGAGUCGACGGUGCAAUCACCCAAAGCCUUCAUUGAUGAAAUCGAGGGUGAAGUACGUGAAGCUAUCGAGGCAGAACACCAGCUGGACUUCCUCGGUGCGCUGAAACUGUAUCCCAAAGCCAUUGGAUGGUCUGUCUUUUUCUCGCUUGGUGUGAUAAUGCUCGCGUUCGAUCCGCAGCUAUUGGGGAAUUUCUACGCUAUGCCCGCUUUCCAGAAGGAUUUCGGAUAUCAAUACAACGGCGAGUAUAUCAUUUCCGCACCAUGGCAGACUGGACUCAGUAUGGGAAACCCGAUUGGCCAGGCGGUCGGUGCUCUUUUUGCUGGACUUCCUAUGGAGCUGUAUGGACGCAAGAGAACGUUCAGCGUGUGCGUCUGUGGAACUGCGGGAAUUGUGUUCAUCCAGUUUUUCGCUCGUUCCCUUCCAGUACUACUCGUGGGUGAGCUGCUUGGUGGUUUAUUAUUAGGCUGCUACGUUGUGAUCGCGCCUGCAUACGCGUCAGAGGUUUGUCCGAUAGCCAUUCGUGGGACACUCACGUCUUACAUCAAUCUCUGCUUUGUUAUGGGUCAACUUCUGGCGAACGGAGUAUGUGCUGGUACCUCGAAGCUAUCAAAUCAUUGGGCAUAUUCAAUCCCCUUCGCUCUCCAAUGGUUCUGGAUUUUGAUUAUUAUCCCCGGGAUGGCCUUCGCGCCGGAAAGUCCAUGGUGGCUAGCCAGAAACAAUAGAUUCGCUGAAGCUGAACAUUCGCUCUCUCGGCUAGCUUCUUCAAAGGUAAACGUCAAAGCAACACUCGCUAUGAUCAUCGAAACAGAUCGAUUUGAACAAGAAAUGGAAGCUGGAAGCACCUAUUGGGACUGUUUUAAGAAGAUUAAUCUUCGUCGCACCGAAAUCGGAAUCGGUGUAUAUGCUAUUCAAGUUUUAAGCGGCAUCUACCUUAUCAAUUACGGCACAUUAUUUUUUACUCGCGCCGGACUUCCAACCGACAAAGCCUUCGACAUGGGCAUCGGUUUCCUUGCCGUCGGUUUCGUCGGCACGCUGUGCUCAUGGGUCCUCCUCCAGCACUUUGGUCGUCGUACGAUCUACAACGUUGGCCUCACGAUCCUCGCUGUGUUGCAACUCCUCAUCGGAUUUCUUGAUCUGGCUCCCAAUAUUGAUAGACACCCAAACAUCAUCUGGGCGCAAUCAUCUCUUAUGAUAAUUUGGAAUUUUUUUUACGAUAUAUCGAUUGGACCCGUCUGCUUCGUUAUCUUGUGCGAAGUUAGCGCGACAGAAGUACGCGCGAAGACUAUUGCCAUAUCCACAGCCGUGCAGGCCGUGCUUGGCAUAGCGAUGACUGUAGCUAUUCCCUAUUUGAUGAAUCCAGACCAAGCCAAUGUGAAGGGAAAGCUUGGCUUCUUUUUCGGCGGACUUGCUUGCAUAUCCCUCGUAUGGGCAUUCUUCCGCAUUCCUGAGACUAAGGGCAGGACAUACGAAGAACUUGACAUUAUGUUUGAGAGGGGCGUGCGUACUCGGGACUUUGGAACCUACACGAUUUAG